AAGGCGAGGCAUCACCCAGUGCAUUGCUCCGAGACACCACCGGUGGCUAUUUGUCCUCAGUGGCAGAGCUGCGGGCACCAUCCCCAGAAGCAGCAGCUCAUUAUCUUGACGUGGCUGUUGCUGCACGGGCCUCACACAGUCGCAGCCAACCACAGUCAACACAACAGGCUCCUCCUCUCCCGGGAUCUGCAACAUUGCUUUACACGCUUCAUAUCUACCAGUAUGCUGUCGAUAAGUCUGGCAAAGGAGGAGUUGUUGGAGGACGUAGUCGCCUCCAUAUGAUUGACAUGGGUGACUUGAGUGGCAGCAAUGGCGGUAUGUCAUUAUCAGCACUGACAUCAGUUUUACUAGCAAUUUUCAAUGGACAGCGAUACCUCCCUAACAGAGAAAGCAAGCUAACCAUGUUGUUAAAAGAAGCCUUAGGGUCAGUAACAUGUCACGCUGCAAUGGUAGUUCACAUCUCCCCAUCACCAAGACAUGCACAGCACACAUUAGCGACACUUCAGCUGGCCUCAAGAGUUCAUCGCAUGAGACGCAAAAAGUUGAGGGGUCUUGGAGGUUCCAGUUCUGGCGGCAGUUCAGAGGGUUCUCAUGGCAAGUCCUCAGGUGGAGACACUUCUGCUGGAUCCUCAUCCAUGGACUUUUCCUCUUCAGAACAAUCUUGUGAUACAGUAAUAUACAUUGGUGGUGGUGGACCGGGUGAUACAACUGAUAAUGAACAUCCUCCAGUAUUUAUGCCACAUCACACAAACCAGCAGUUAUGGCCAAUUACUCGACUUAGAUCAAUGGAACAAUUAAGGACUCAUUCAGCAUCUCCAACACCUGUACACACUCGUCGAGCAGCCUCUGCCAGCCCAACACCCACUUCACGUUCUGUACCUAAUGGACGGUCACAGCUUAAGCCUAGACCACCUCCACGAACAGUUAGUAGUGCCAAUAGUCAUAGUCAAUCCAGUGCGGGGAAGACGUCUCCUGGAGGGGGCUUUAUACGCCAUCAACCAGGUGUGAGCCAUGUUGCAUAUAACACCACUGCUGGACAGCAGCCUCUCUUGUCCUCUUUUAAGCCUCAGGUCACCCUGGGUCCCUUAGUGCCUGGUGAUCUCAGGCAUUUUAACUAUAAUGCAUAUGAGGAACCAAAUAAUUUGGUUCCGGUAUUCCAGCGAUCUCGUCUUCCUCUCUCAACUCAACAACUACAAAUUCAGAAACAACUUGAACAGCAACAGCAACAGCAGCAGCAGCAGCAGCAGCAGCAGCAGCAGCAGCACAAAGUUCAACAACUUCAGCAGCAACAGCAACAGCAGUUUCAGCAACAUCAAAAACUUCAGCUCCAACAGCAGUUUCAACAACAGCAACCACAGAAUAUGCAACAGCAGCAGCUUCAACAACAGUUUCAGCAGUUCCAGCAUCAAAAGCAGCUUCAGAAUCAACAACAGCAGCAGCAGCAGCAGCAGCAGCAGCAGCAACAGCAGCAGCAGCAACAGCAACAGCAGCCACUUCAGCAGUCACAGCAAGGACGCCUUAAUGUAAAAGGAACAAGUGAUGCAUUAGUGUCUGAUGAGCAGUGGAUUGAUGGACCACGCAUGCAUAAGUCUCGUGUUACCGCAGCACAGAAAAUUAAAACAAACAAAUCAGAAACAUGGGUGGAUGGGCCUCAGGUAACACCCAUUGGUUAUGGUUUCAUGGAUGACCACAAGAAAACCAUGAUUGAGCGGUGGGUAGCAGUGCAAACAGCUCAAGUUGUACAACAACUUGAGCAGCAGCAAACUGUUCCAGCUCAGAUGCCAAACCAAACAUCCAUCAACCAGCAGCAGUUUACUCACCUUACUCAGUUCCGAACCUGUGAAGAGUCUACAUUGGACAGUGAUCAAGAUACCUUAAGUGAAGAUCCCCCGUCUGGUCCAGGCAGACCAACUAGUCUAGAUGCUGCCCUGCCUCCACAGCCUAGCCUGAUUGAGGAGUUGGAGCGCAAAAACCUCAUACCAACAGAAAACUCGGAAGCCGACAAGCCUGACACAGCUCCAGAGACAGAGACAGAGGUCUCGCUAAAAGAACCUACCUUGGAUGAGAAGAGCACUGAGCCCAACUGCUCUCCAGAUGAGGCAUCAGGAGCUGAUGAACCAUCCAUAGAUGAUAUUUGUUCACAAUGUGAAGCUUUGGCAGAAGAAUGUGAAGAGUUGAGUUCUCUGCUAUCAUGUGAAGAGGAGGAGUGCAAGAGACAAGCACAUUUGGGCCUUGCUACUGUCUUAGAGGAACCAGAGCUAGAAGCAGCCAUUAUAGCUGAAGAUCAAGACAAAGAGGAGGAGGAGGAGGAGGAUGAGACUUUGCCAGAGGCUGAUGAGGUGAGCACGACUCCAAGAAGAGGCUGGGUAAGAAGAUCGAUGGCGUCCUCAGGAACACAUCAUUCCACGGAACUGAUUGAAGUUCAGGUUCCAGACUAUCCUGUGGUGACUGUUGACUGUUGUAUACAGGUAUGUGAGGAAGAUAUCGUUAGAGCUCUGGCAGACACACCAUGUCAUAGCGAGGUGAUGAGUGUCGAGACGAGCGAUGACCAUCCACUGAGAGUCUUAUCUGAAGAAAAUCUCACCUGUGCAUCUACCUUUACUGGUAAGUCUUAAGUUGAUUAUGUUGUGUAUGAGAAGUGUGAACGCGAUUAAUUGGCGAGCUGAAAGCGGGGUUUGAAUUA